UAAAAAGGUGUGUCCUUCCAAACUAAGAGCUCAACAUUAUCGGCAUACCUAGACUUUGUCGCUCCAUUGUUUUGCCGUACAGCCCAAUAAAACAAGCAGUGUCGCUGCUGAGGGCAGGCCUGUACAGGCUCAUGCUUCUGCGCAACAGCAGGAAGAAGGAGCUCAUACUACUCUGACCAAACAUGAGUUGUGUCAUGUUUUUUACCGGCUGAGAGCAAAUGGCAUUACUGGAUGAGGUUUAUCGGACAACACAGCAGGUAAUAUCUCUUUGAAACAUUUUGCCAUUAACAAAGCUUAAAAUAGACUUAACAGUAUCUUGUUUAUGGUGUUCCACUUCAGUUUAGCCAGUAUUGAAAUCUGUCAACAUGUUUAUGGUACACAACAGAAUGAUUUACUUUCAAUCUCUCCUGAUUAUAUUCUUUGCUUUAAACUGAGACCUUUGCCAUUAUGACUUGGUAAAACAUUUGUCUGUGUUACUUUGACCUUUUAUGACUUUUGUAUUGAAAGUUUUGAACAGAAGUGGUGUUGCCUGUCCUUGUUACCUUGACAUCGAGAGUCUGGCAACUACAGAGAAAUGGAGUGUCAGUGUGAAAAGUACAGCUUGGAAGAUGCUGCCACAGCUGGAUGGCUGAACAGCAACAGUGUCCAGAUGGGAGCUUUUACUGUGGUGGGGUAUCUUCUCUACAGGUUCUCACAGACUCUCCCAGCUCUGAUCCGAUGGCCGAUUCGUAUCUUCUGCUCUUUAACCGGUUUGUCAGCUCUUUGGAGCUGGGUAAGUCGCCUAGUGGGAACCCUUCGUGGAAUCCAGAGCCUGUUCAAAUGGCUGUCUCGAAUUUGGCGUUUUUUUGUCGGAAUCUCCUCCAGGUUUAAGUGGGUCGGUGCUGUCAUCCAAGCCUUGACAGGGUCAGAAUCAACCAGCUGCAGCAGCUCCCACAAACCAGGCCUGAGGCUGAUCCUGCUGGGACCCACCGGUGGAGGACGGACCUCUCUGUCAGAUACUUUGUUGGGCAAGUCUGGGACAACAGCACCCAUGGGUCCCCUAAUGGAGAGCACCAAGAGAAGGACAGUCAUGGAUGGUAGAGAUCUUACUGUGAUCGACACUCCAGAUCUUUUGGGAGCAUCACUGGAGAGCAACAUGAGAGCCAGGGAAGCUCUGAGGAGUCUUCAACUCACUGGUCCUGGACCGCAUGCCUUCUUGUUGGUGAUCCGGGCUCCAGGCUCCGGCAAGGUGCCUGACCAGGAUGCCAACCAGGCAAUCCAAGCCGUCCAGGAACUGUUUGGAGAGGAAGUCAUGGGGCACGUCAUCCCAGUGCUCACUCAUGCAGACCAUCUGAGCCGAAAGAACACAGUAGAUCACCUGCUGAAAGUGGAUACAGGGACUCUGAGAAGGGCUGUGUCUUUGUGCGGCCAGAAGCCAGCGCUAGUGGACAACAGGCCCAACCUCCCUUCAGAGGCUCAGAGUGUGUUGCAGAGGAAUCUGGUGGAGCGCGUGAUGGAGGUGAAGGAGCUGAGGGGGCAUUUUAUCCACGAACUGCAGAGGAGGGAGGACCGCAUCAGGGAGGAGCUGCUGGCUGUCAUGGCCUCGGCACUGGCUACAAAACUGGGACACUUGUGAAGAACUGUGUGCAUGUGUGUGUAUAUGUGUGUGUGCGUGCGUGUGCGUGUGCGUGUGUGUGUGCGCGUGUGUGUGUGUGUGUGUGUGUGUGAGAGAGAGAGAGAGAGAGAGAGAGAGAGAAAGUGCUGCAGAAGUGAAAAAUAAGGUGGCAGAAUUCAUUCAUGUGUUAAACAUGCAAUUUUGACUUUAAGUGCAAGGGUAAUUCUUUGCCUGAGGUAUUUUUGUCACUCUACUGGUUUACCACUGUCCAAAUGAAUUUACUACCGCCGGUUGCAUUUUGGUUCUCAACAUGCUGCAGAUGCUUUUGGUUAGAUAUCAUGACCGCACACACGUAAUUUUCCUAUUUUGAUGUGUUGUAAUUCUUUAUUGUGUGUAUAUUCUUUUGUGUGUCCGUGGUUCAUGUUUUCAUACUCUGCUCCAGUCCACUGCCCUCCCACGUCUUUCAUAAUUUAUACGAGAUAUCAAACUUUAAAGACGAUCAGGGAAAAUAAACUCAAGUCAUACUGGGGCUAGAGUUCAGCAGUGCUGCUCUGUGUUUUCUGUGUGUCAAACAGGUUUAAAUGGUUAAACGAUUGCUUCUGCAAGCUUAGAGUUAAUUGCAGGUUUUACACUCUGUAUUUAUGUUGCUGUGGUGAACAGAUAUUUGUAACAGGUUGAUGAAUGCUUUUGCAGUAAGUAAAUAGGGCUAUGUUUAACUGUGAUUUAUUAGGAAUCUAUAAAAAUAUUUUGCAUUUACAGAGCUGUUGAUAAAAUGCAGUGUAAACCAAUUUGACCUCCUAAUUUUAUAGAUAGAUUAAUCCUUUUGACCAGAAAUAAAUAGGGUAAAUACAACCUAAAGAACCCCUUCAGUGAAAAUCACAUUUUUCACCUUGUUAACAUGUUGAUUUGGUGUUUUUGAUAUGCUAGAAGACAUAAUUAGCAAAUAAACCGGUCAGCACCAUUCCUGAGUAUUUCCUCCUUGAAACUGAAGUUUACAGAUGGUCUCAAAAACACCAAAGAGUUUUAGUACAAGACAUCCAGACCGCUCUUUUUGGUAUAGCUAGUUAUAGUACUGGAGAAAUUCAGCCAUAUUUUUGAACAGGAAGCUGGUUCUUAAAAAGAACAAUGACGGAGAAUGCGCCAUUCUGCAAGUUGACUUGAUUGGUUCAUUAGGUUUGUUAUAUUUGAAAUCCCAGAAGUCUCAAUCUGUGUUUUUGAAACAUGUCUGUGUAGAUUCUCAGUCAUCCAGGUCAUGGUAAUCCUAAGAGCUUCAUUGGAAGGUGUCAGAGCUGUUCUUUUAGUUCUUAAGUAUGUUUCGCUUGCAUUCAAGAGGCUUCCUAAGUUCUGACUGACUGAUGGGGAGUUCCAGAUAUUUAUUCUCACCCCUAAAUCGCAUGACUCACGGUCCAUUCAUAAAACUACUAUGUGAGGACGUAUUCAGCAUAUUAAUGAAACUGUUUGACAAGUGAUCUCAAGACUGCAUUAUCUAAAAGGUGGUGCCAUAGAUCUCCAUCUUUUAUUAGAAAUGGCUGUUGCAGUUUAACAUAUAGGACUUCUUUAACUCCUCCUUUCUCAAACUAUCCAUCUUCU